CUCAUUCGAUACCUUUUGGGAUUGAUAUAAAUUAGCAUCCACUGUGUCGUACUCAUGAUAAAUUAUAUACAUAAUUGUGUCAUGGAUUGUCUAUAUAUAUAAGAGAAGCAAACCCCAAGCAUCAGGGUCUUUCUCUUACACAACAACACCUUUCUUAUUCUUACAAUCAUUCGCUGUUCUUACAAUUCCAUCUUUCACGAUGCAUCUAAUCACUCUCAUUAAUAUUUUGUCCCUUCCUCUGGCUUCGGCCGCGCCUGUCAGCAACGAAAGUUGCAGCAUGGAGGAAGACUUCACUGUUGGCCAAACCGUCGAAACAAGCAGCGGUCCGGUUACUGGACAUGCCGCCACUAAGUUUCCAGAGGUAUCUGUCUAUCUAGGCAUUCCAUUUGGACAAGCUCCUAUCGGAGACCUGAGGUUUGCAGCGCCUGUAAAGUUCGUCGGGUCUUCCCCAAUCAAUGGCUCCGACUUUGGAAGUACAUGCCCUCAACUCCCAAGCGCAGGCGGUACUGCUCCCACACCAGAAGCAAUUGCAUUUUCCAAUGUUACCGCUGUCGGUCUCGAGCUUUUCGGUGCAAUCGGAAUUACUGGGACGACGAGCGAAGACUGUCUGUCUCUCAAUAUCUGGACCAAGCCGCAAUCAGGCGAGGGAAAAAAGGCUGUUAUGAUCUACAUAUAUGGAGGUGGAUUCUCAUCGGGUUCUUCUGCAGUAUCUAUCUUCGACGGCUCUGCACUUGCAGAACAGAAGGACGUCGUCAUUGUUACUUUCAACUACCGAACAUCUAUUCUCGGCUUCCCAGGAAAUCCAUACGGCCAAAACAAUAUCGCUUUCUUGGAUCAACGGCUUGCUAUUGAAUGGGUGCAUGACAAUAUCGCAAAAUUUGGCGGAGACCCAGAGCGCGUCACCUUGUUCGGUCAAUCAGCGGGUGGUGCCUCGACAGAUUAUCUCACAUAUGCGUACGCCUCGGAUCCGAUGGUCCACGGAGUUAUCGCACAGUCAGGAAGUGUCUUUGCCUUCGGUCUGCCAUACCCAGCAGAAACCAUAGCGGUAAAUUGGUACACGGUCACUGAGACUGUUGGCUGUGGAAAUGCAAGCACCGAUGCCACCCAGCUGCUGGAAUGUAUGCGUACCGCUGACAUUGAUGCAAUUAUGGCUGCUGUUCCAACUUCAGGCUUGUACGCAGUCUUGAGUGCCUUCGGUCCAUCCGUCGACAACACUAUUGUCUUUGCCAACUACACCAACGAGACACCUGCUAGUAUCCCGGUUCUUGUCGGCAGCAAUGACUACGAAGCAGGCAUGUUCCGUACACAGCUGGCAUUGGGUGGUGCUGCCUUCGCCGAUUCUGAUUGGGACGAGAUGAAUCUGUCAAUCUACACGUGUCCAACUGGGCAGCGAGCAAAUGCCAGUAUUCUAGCCAGCAACCCAACCUGGCGCUACCGCUUCCACGCCAUCUUCCCCAACAUCAACAUCAGUCCCGAAAGUGGGGCUUACCAUGGGGCCGAACUCACCCUCCUUUUCGGAACCGAGUCCCAACUUGAACCUUCCACUGUAGAGGAAGACGCCUUUGCAGAGUAUCUCAAGGGAGCCUGGGUUGCGUUUGCGAAAGAUCCUGUUGCUGGACUGAGCUCUUACGAGGGUGGCUGGCCGAUGUAUGACCCUGCUGGAGAAUCGCUCGUCAGACUUGGUUUUGAGAAUAAGGUUGGCACAAAUCUAGGCUUCCCUGAGUUGUAUGAUGCUGGGUGUUCGGAGGCGAGCCUGACGGCGCUGCUUUGUAGAAUCUUUGGGCAGUUGUGUUAG